CAAAGCAAUGGCACUUUCAAUAAUAGCAAAAUGGCAGACACCAAUCAUGAUGAUAACUCCAGCAACAACAGAACAAUGCCACCAAGAUACCACAAAGUUAAUACUGAGGUUUGAUACUUGGAAAGAAAAUAGGAAGUUAGAUAUGUGA